AGUAAACGCGCUCUCUCUCUCUCCGUAUUUGCUUCUCUUUCCCUCUCUUCAUUGAGCUUCCGCCGCCGUUUCCUCCUGGAAAAUUUGAACUCCUCUCGUCUUCGCUCCAGCGAUAACUUCGGAGGAUUAACUGCGACGGCAAGCUCAAGUUUUUGGGAUAAAAAUUGUUUUUGGAGCUCUACUACAGACUGUUUCAUCAUGCGGAGUUUGGGGAGUAACUCUGUUGUUAUUAAGCUACUUACUUAUUCUAACGAGCUUUCGGAGGGGAAACCGUUGUAUGUUUCUUCCAAUUCUCUUCCUGUGAAGGCACUAAACCUUGAACCUGCUGGUCAUUCCUUUCAUUCCGCUGCUCUCAAGCUGCGUGGUUGUGCAAAGGACGCUACAGACAGUGAAGGAGAUUCCUCUUCUGCGUCUCCUAAGAAAGCAGCAAACGACAAGGAUGUGGAAGAGAUUCCUUCUUACGAGACGUACAAGAAUAGCAGCAGCAGCAGCAGUAAGGGGAAGAAUAAGAAGGGUAAGAAGCCAGACAAGGAACAGCAUGAUCACUAUGCGCUGUUGGGUUUGGGCAGUUUAAGGUAUCUCGCCACAGAGGACCAGAUUAGGAAAAGCUACCGGGACGCUGCUCUGAAGCUUCAUCCUGAUAAGCUUGCUCCUCUUAUUCUCGCUGAGAAGAGUGAGGAAGCCAGGCAAGCUAAAAAGGAUGCGAUUGAGUCUCACUUUAACUUGAUCCAAGAAGCGUAUGAGCUUCUUAUGGACCCUGCUAAAAGGAGAAUAUUCGACUCUACUGAUGAGUUUGAUGACGCGGUGCCGAGCGACUGUGCUCCUAAAGACUUCUUCAAGGUGUUUGGUCCAGCGUUCAAGAGGAACGCGAGGUGGUCUGUUAACUCUCGUGUGCCGGAUCUGGGAGAUGAGAACACGCCGGUGAAAGAGGUUGAUAAGUACUAUAACUUUUGGUAUGCUUUCAAAAGCUGGAGAGAGUUUCCUGAAGAGGAGGAGCACGUUCUCGAGGAAGCAGAGUCGCGUGAGGAGAAGAGGUGGAUGGAGAGAGAGAAUGCGAGGAAGACUCAGAAGGCUAGGAAGGAGGAGUACGCUCGGAUAAGGACUCUUGUCGACAAUGCUUACAAGAAGGAUCCGAGGAUAGUGAAAAGGAAGGAGGAGGAGAAGGCUAAGAAGCAGGCAAAGAAAGAUGAAAAAGUUAAUGCCAAGAAGAAGCUGGAAGAAGAGGCUGCUGCAGCUAUCGAGGAGGAGAAGAGGCGGAAAGAAGAGGAAGCUAAACUCGCUGCAGAGGCUGCUGUGCUGCAAAAGAGAAACAAGGAGAAAGAGAAGAAGCUUCGUUCCAAGGAACGGAGCCGGCUCAGGACUCUCUCUGCACCUGUUCUGUCUCAGCGUCUGCUUGGCAUCUCUGUUGCAUACGUGGAGGAUCUGUGCAUGUCGCUUAACACCGAGCAGCUGAGGAGUCUAUGCGAUAAGAUGGAGAACAAGGAAGGGCUGAAACUGGCAAAGGUGCUCAAGAAUGGGAACAAUGAUGAAGCUGAGAGUGAAGAAGAAGAAGUGGGUGCUAAGCAGAAUGGUCAUGUAGAAGCCAAUGGGUUUGCCAAGGUAGAUACUGCUACUCAGAGCCCUCGAGCUGCUGCAAUGGUCUGAGAAUUGACAGAGAGAAGACAAGGAGCCUAGACUCAAAAGUUUUGCUAAGAUUAAUAUUUUUUCAUAUACAUCAUAUCAUCCAUCAUCAUGCUACUAUCCUCUCCUCCCCUCCCCUCCUUACAUAGAGUGUGUUUUGACAACUGAAUCUAUUCUUAUUUUAUCUAUUUUUUGUUUCUUGUUCUAAUUGGAUGUUAUGGUCGAGCAUCAACAUGGUUUUUUCUAUUUUCUGUUA